CACAACAGUUAAAUAGAGAACAGCUUUGUUGAUAAAAUGGCUGAGUCUGUCCUCAUCAUUGCUAUUGAUUUUGGCACAGCAUAUAGUGGAUACCAUGUCAAAUGUAACACUCCAGGGAAAGGGUCUCAAUUUAGGGAUGUUCAGUGGGGAGAGGAAUAUGGAAUUCGAUCCUGCAAGACACCUACUUGUGCCUUGUUUGACAGUACUGAAAGAUUUUUAGAGUUUGGAUAUGCAGCAAUGAAGAAAUACACCAGCAAAGGUUGCAAAGAUGGCCUUUUCUUUGAAAACUUCAAAAUGAAUCUUUACAAAAACAAAGAUAUCCAAAGUGCUUUGCAAGUGACAGCAACCAAUGGGAAAAAAAUGCUUGCUAUAAACGUUUUCUCUGAGAGUCUUCAGUAUCUGAAGAAUCAUGCUCUGCGAAAGAUUGAAAAUUUUUCACAAGGAACUAAGUUGCAAGACUCUGACAUCACCUGGGUUUUGACAGUGCCUGCAAUUUGGAGCAACGCUGCGAAACAGUUCAUGAGAAAUGCUGCCCAAAAGGCUGGCCUUGUGACAGAAUCGGAUACAGACAGGCUCAUCUUGGCCCUGGAGCCUGAAGCUGCUUCAGUCUACUGCAAACAGCUCCCAAGUGAUGGCUUUGUUGGAGGAGAGGGGGACACGAUGAGACUAGACCAAAUGCCUGGACUACAGUAUAUUGUUGCAGACUGUGGAGGUGGGACCAUCGACAUCACCCUGCAUGAAGUGCUUCAUGAUGGUUCACUCAAGGAAGUGUACAAGGCGUCAGGAAAUGACCUCGGAGGCCAGAACAUAGACCGGCAAUUGAAAUCCCUUUUAAAGGAGUUGUUUGGUGACGAAUGCUGGAGGGAAUAUGAGACACACCACGCAUCUGAACUGCAGAAGCUGAUGUAUGAAUUUGCCUCGGCCAAGUGUGCCGACGAGAAUGACGGCUACAGCUUUCCUUGCCCAUUCAAUUUGGUAGAGAUUGUUAAGAAGCAUAGUAACCAAGAGUUGCCAGAGCUUUUGCAAGGCCAUCAGGGUGUGACUUGGAAUGACGGGUCAAUUGACAUCUCACCCGGAAAAUUCAAAUCCUUUUUUGACGAAAGUUUGAGAGGCAUAGCUGGGGUCCUGAAAGAUCUAUUGAAAAACCCAGAAUUGCAGAUCAAGUAUUUACUGUUGGUGGGGGGAUAUGCUUUGUGCAAAAUCUUGCAAGACUACAUUAAGGGUCAGUUUAGCAAACACUGGAAAGUCCUCUGUCCUUUACAUCCUCAGCAAGCUGUAAUGGUCGGUGCUGCAGAGUUUGGUAGCCAGCCACAGAUUGUGCAAUCACGGAUUUGCGGGCUUACUUAUGGUAUAGGCACAAGUGAAUUCUUUGAUGAGACCAAACACAAGGUAGAGAAAAAGUUCGCAAACUCUGAUGGAGAGGUAUUCUGCGAUGACAUAUUCAAAAGACUGGUGAUGAAGGGGGAGUCCGUAGGUUGCGACGAGACCAGAAAGUACGGUUUUUGUCCAGUCAGUAGGGAACAAACCUCAAUAGGUUUCACAUUUUUCAGCACCACAAGACCAAAUGCAGACUAUACGGAUGAAUGGGGAAUGGAAGAAAUAACGACCUUGGAAGUUCCCUUGCCUAAUCCUGGUGGACCCCGAACUGAACGAGAUGUAAAUUUAGAUGUCAAGUUUGGUUUCACUGAGAUUACAGCUACAGCAACAGAUUUAAAGUCCCACAAAACUGAAAGAGUCAGCAUCAACUUCAUGAGAGAGUAGACUUACUGUUUUUUUUUCUGGAGCUCAACAUAACGAUUCUCUAGCCAUCAUAGAAUUAAAGGAGAAUGGUUUCAAAUUACGGCGACAUGCGCAGCCAAGACUUUGAGGAUUUCUGACAAAUGUGAGCUCUCAAUUUUUCUCAAUGUUCUAAUCACUUGCAUUACCUGUUCACUGUUCACACAAUGUUAUCCAAAUAUCAUGGCUUUUUCAUUCAUGCCAUAUCCUUUUUUUCUGGUAUUUUGCUGGCCAUCCUUGCUAUCAGUUAUUGCUUUGAUGAUUAUACAAUACAUGAAAGCUAGCCUACUUCAACCAUAAUACAGUAUAUUCAGUGUACAUAGACAUAAUAUGUCAAAGUAAUGGUGUGAACCCUGGUGGUAGUGGUAUGUACAGAGAGUAAUGCUGCUGCUGCUGCUACUGCUGCUGCUGAUGAUGAUGAUGAUGACGAAGAUGACCAUGAUGAUGAUAAACAUUAUUAUGAUGAUUAAACAUAAUAUGGCGUCAUACAGAUAAAAUGACAAAUAUUUAAAUAUUUAAUGCCCUCUUAA